AUGUAUAGCUUCAAAAUUUUUAUAGUGUCUUUUAUAGUAGUGCAAUGUAGUGUCUGCUUAGCAAAAGUAUCACCCGAUUACAUUAAACCAUGUGUGGGCCUCAAAUCUGACUGUUUGAUGAAAAACUUUCAAGAAACUCUGCCCUUAUUUGUAAAAGGCAUCCCAAGCAUUGGUGUAAAUUCCACGGACCCGCUCACGUAUAGUGACAUAAAAAUGGACCUACCUGGCGGACUAAAGCUGGAAUUUACGGAUGGAGUAUUAACAGGUCUCAGGAAAUGCAUUGUGGACAAUGUAAAAUUCGAAGGAAUCGAGGCGAACAUAGAAAUACAUUGUAACUUGACGAUAAAAGGCAAAUACAAGGCACAAGGAAAAGUGCUCAUAGUUUCAAUUAAUGGAGAUGGUGAUGCGAAAUUAAAAAUCUCGGACAUGGUUUUAAAAGGAAAGCUAACGUUUUCUGACGUGGUUCGGGAUGGAGUAACUUACUAUGAUGUAAAAAGCUACAAAGUUGCCUACAAUAUCAGAGAUAGAGUACACUUUUCGCUUACUAAUAUCUUUAAGGGAAAUCCACAACUGAGUGAAACAGUUUUGACCUUCCUUAAUGAAAACUGGAAGGAUGUUGUUAACGAAUUCGGAGGGCCUUUAAUUGAUCUCGUGAUUAAUAUUGGUUUUGGUAAUGUUAAACAUUUCUUUAGUAAAGUUCCUAAAGAUGAAUUAUUUGUUCUA